AUGUCAUUUAAUUUCUAUUCCAAAUUAUGGGUAAUCGCAAAACGCGAUCUCUCGAAUGUCAUUCAACAAGAACACGAAAUUGAGCUUCUUCAACCGACUCAAGAUCGUCUCUUCGCUCAUCGUGUCUUCGCAAGCAUCCUUCCACGUUACAUUGUCCUUUGCAACAACCUUUCCGACAUUUACGACCAAACAUUGCAAGUCCAAAAACGUCAAAUCGUCGGAAAACUCUUACAGGCUGCAACUCUUCGUUUGCAAGAACUUUACAAGCAACUCAGUGACCUUGAAAUGAGUGAAAUUGUCUACGUGGAUCGAACUUUAAUUGAAAAUAAAUUAACGCCGCAAGACAUUACGAUUCUCAAACCUUUUUACUUUCCGCUUCAACGACCAACGGAGCUUCAGAAUUUAAUUGACGACGUAAAACCUCCUUUGGAAAAAGAAGAAGAACCGAAAGAACUCACAGCCCGAAGAAUUCAUCAAAUUUUGGUCGAUGCUGUGAAUUUAAUUAAAAUUCAUGAAAAAGCUCGUCAAGCAAGGAUUUUAAAGGGAAAUAUCGAAAGAGAUCCUUUGAAUUAUAAACCAACGAUGAGAAUUAUUCACGAAGAAUGCAAAUACGAAUUUUAUCACAAACCAGAUACAGUGAUGCUUUUUCCGAUCAAAAGAACGACUUACGAAUCGAAUUUCUAUCAAGAUUUGAUCAGCUUCAGCAACUUUCAAGAAAUGAGCCCUGAUGAAGUUGAAAAAAUACAAAAAUUUGAGGUUAUGAACUCAGCAGCUCUAAAAAUUCAAGAAGCUUGGAAAAUUUUCAAACAACGAAAGCAGGAAAAAGCUGAAAAAUUGAAAAAAUUACAAAUUUACAACAUGAUCGACUCCCGAAAAACAGAUUUCUCCAUAGAAAAUAAAAUUUCCGAUCAACGUGAACGUCGAAAAGCAAAAAAAUCCGCUUUUGAUCAAGCUUUUCUUCAAGCAGUCGAAGACGAAAAGGCAAGAAUCCUCAAAGUAAAGUCCCCGUGGAUCAUGGAAGACAUUUCCGAUCACAUCCGCGAAUGGUUUCGGCAAUUUUAUUACAGCAACGUGAAAAAUUUCGAUCGAUAUCCGGAAGAAUUUGAAGGAGGAACGAUUUUGGUCAUCAGAGGAGACACGAUGGAUCCUGAGGAAUACGAAACGAAGCAAGCGGAAAUCGCAGCGAACAAAUUAAAAACUCCCGAACAAAAAAAGAAGGAAAAAGAACAAAGAAAAGCGGAGAAAGAGAAGGCUAGACUCGCAAUUAAACAAGAAAAAUUGAGAAAAAAGCAAGAAGCUGCAAAAUUAAAAGAAUUGGAGAAGCAGGGAAAGUUCAAAAUGGACUUCAGGAAGGAAGCUGAGGAAAAAUUGAAAGCUCCGAUAACAUUUUUAGAGAAAAGUUACGAAGAAUAUGAGAAGGAAUGGUAUUUUAUCAACGAAGAAGCGAACCCGAAAGAAGAUCCAAUCAUGGAAUGGAUCACAAUUGACAAAUUUUCUGAAGUUCAUCAAGAAUUAAGACCCAUUGUGGAUGAAUUUAUGAGAAUUGAGUAUGAAUUACUGAGACAAGCACUCGCAAAAGACAACAAAAAGAAGUACAAACCGCAAAAACCGAAGAAACAAAGGAAGAAAAAGGCUAAAAAAGGUAAAAAGAAAAAAGCUCAAGUCGAUUUAUUGCAAGAAAAUACCGUCGAAGAACUUUAUCAAGAACUUCUUGACUUGAAAAUUAUCGAAAAAUACGAAAAAUGUUCCUUGGAUGCGUUUAUCGGCGAUAUGAACUACAAAGCUUACGAGCAACGAGCACAAAUCUUGAAUUUCAUCAAAAGUGAUCCAAUUCACGGCUUACAAGAGCUAAAAAAUACGAUUCGAACAUCAAUUCUCGGCAUGGGACCUCUUGACGUGUCAAAACCAAGGUCAAUUUGCUUCGUUGGACCUCCGCAAUCCGGGAAAAAGUUUCUUGUGCAUGCAAUUUGUUCAGAAAUAAAUGCAGUUCUCUUCGAUUUGAGUCCCCAUAAAGUCGCUGAAGUCUCGGAUAUGCCUCGUUUUGUCAAUUUAAUCACUCAAAUGGCGCGAAUUUUGCAACCAACGGUCUUUUUCAUCAACGACACUCACAAAACUUUUUACAAAAAAGUCCCGAAAGAAGAACAGGAACAAGAUCCGAGGAAACUUUCGAAGUUUUUGUUCAAAAAUAUCGUCAAACCUAUAAAAAAAGAAGAAAAAAUUAUGUUACUUGGUACUACAAAUGAACCAUGGAAAUGUUCUCCGGCGAAAUUAAGAAAAUGCUUCGAAAAAAUUUUAUUGAUUCCGAGAACGGAUUACGGAAAUUCUUUUAUUACGUGGCGACAUGAACUUUUACAGAAGCUUGGAGUGCCUCGUGAUAUUUGUAUCUCUCCGUUGGCGAAAGUCACUCAAGGAAUUGCAACGGGACAAAUUAUGAAAUGUGUGGAAGAUUGCAUCGGAAUUCGACGAAGAAUGAAAUUUUCGAGGGAAAUUUUGACGCUUGAUGAACUUUUGGAGUAUUUUUUGUCACAAAAUCCAGCAAUAAUUCCCAUGAGUCAGCAAAUUUUUGAAAAAUACGUGAAAUGGUACCGAAAAGCGAAUAAAUUGGCGAAAAAAAGACAGCAACAAGUAUUGAUCGCGCAUCCGCCAGAAGUUAAAGAUACGAAAAAAGGAGCGAAAAGGAAAUAA